UGAAAAUUGUUAAAUUGUUAAUAGAUGAAGAAAUUUGUUCUUAAGUUCUUAAGUAAUAACACAUUGAAGAUUGAACCUUCACCUCCCAUCUUGAUCUCCGAUGUUGCAACCGUCGUUACCAAACCACAUCCACGGUGGCCGGAGGGGUUAGUUAACACAGAUCCGUAAAAUUGUCAGCUUUUCACAGAUUGACAUUUUCUGAAACCGAAUCAACAUCUCCAAACCCUUGAACAAUUCGAAUAUCACCAAACCCUAACACUAUGUUCCCCAAAAGAAAACCCCAUUCCCGUUUCCCACUCAUUCCCGUUUCUCUCCUUAUCACGUUCUUUUCCUUUCUCAUUCUUUAUUACUAUUACAUGAAACGCGAUUCUCAAUUCAAUGAAUUCUCCCAAACUUCACAUACACUUCAAUGCUCCUCCCAAGCCUUGGCAUUAACCGAGAAAUUCAUGAUGUAUGCACCUCACAGUGGAUUCAGCAACCAGCUUUUGGAAUUUAAACACGCUGUUUUGAUUGCAGGGAUACUUAAUCGAACUUUGCUUGUUCCUCCUGUUUUGGAUCACCAUGCUGUUGCGCUAGGUAGUUGUCCUAAGUUUCGGGUCGUGGAACCGAACGAUAUGAGGAUUUCUGUUUGGGAUCAUAUCGUUGAACUUAUUCGAGAUGGAAGGUAUAUCUCCAUUGCUGAGGUUAUAGAUAUCUCAUCUUUAGUUUCUUCUAGUCUUGUUCGGGUUAUUGAUCUUAGAGAUUUUGUAUCGAUAUGGUGUGACAUCAGCUUAGAUUUGGCUUGUUAUAAUGAUUCGAAGUCACAGUCCUCCUCUUCUAAAAGCCUUAAGCAAUGUGGAUCUCUGCUAGCAGGGUUUGGUGGGAAUAUUGAAAAGUGUAUUUAUGCUAUCAAUGAAGAUUGCAGAACUACAGUAUGGACUUACCAUACAGAUGGUCGUGAGAACGGCGUGUUAGAUUCAUUCCAACCCGAUGAGCAGCUAAAGAAGAAAAAGAAAAUAUCAUAUGUUAGGAGACGGAGGGAUGUAUUUAGGACGCUUGGACCUGGUUCUGAAGCUGAAUCAGCUUCAAUGCUAGCUUUUGGAAGCCUUUUCUCUGCUACAUACAAAGGUUCUGAGUCAUAUGUUGAUAUUCACGAAUCACAUCAGGACCAGAGGUUUUUAUCUUUGAUGGAGAAGAUAAAGUUUCUUCCAUUUGUACCAGAAGUUAUGAAUGCCGGAAAGGAGUUUGCUAAAGCAACCAUAAAAGCUCAAUAUUUUUGCGCACAGCUUAGGUUGCUGGAUGGGCAGUUUAAGAAUCACCAUAAGUCUACAUUUGAUGGGUUAAGACAAAAAUUAGAGUCUUUGAGGCAGAAAGGCCCUCUGCCCAUACAUAUUUUUAUAAUGACUGAUCUUCCUAGAGAUAAUUGGACUGGUACCUAUUUAGGUGAUUUAACCAGUGAUGCACAUAACUAUAAGGUGCAUUUCUUAAGAGAAGGUGAUCAGGUGGUUAUACAAGCAGCCAAAAAACUAACAGCAGCGGGUUACGGAGAGAGAUUUAUUCCAAAUUCAGAGUCUAGAAUUGGUAAUAAGUAUUGUUCCAAUCAGAGAUUGCCUGAUGUACUUCUUUAUGUUGAGCAGGCUGUAUGCAGUUGUGCAUCUCUUGGUUUUAUUGGAACUCCUGGCUCAACCAUUGCUGAAAACAUAGAACUGAUGAGAAAAUUUGGCUCUUGUUCUACGUGAAGUUGACAACUUUGGAAAAUAGUUUUUAUUGUCAAGUACUAAAUCCUAUUGGAAUGAUGGAUAGCUAGUCUAAUCAUGAUAUACCAGGAAAUGAUUGCACAAACCUUGUUUUCCGUCAUCUAUUCUCUUCCCAAGUUUUGAAGACUAGUCAGCUUUGCCAAGCCAUAGUCAUUUAUUAUGAGGCACUGGACGGUCAAGGGAAUUAGAAUCUACUAUGGCUGUUUUGACCCAGAAAAUAAGGUGUUCUUAUGUGAUUGAAAGACUUUCUUUGUCCAAUUGAAAAGUUAUUCUGUUUGCAAUAAAGAAGCACUUAGAGAGUGCAUAGAAACAAAUUCAAGCAAAACGAGCGCAGUUCCUUAUUGCUGAAAACACACAUGGGCUUUUACACAAAAAUAGCUUGUACGGAUUGGCACUGCCAAAAAGAAUGAAUUUGAGAGUCAAGAGUAGCUCAAACAACAUAGACAAAUUUUGCAUUUUGUGUGAUGUCUGUUACAAAUUCUUCCUACAAAGUAUAUGCUAAAUCCCUGCUUCUGCAACUCUUUGAUUCUACUAUUUGUAUGUUCUGUGCUAAUUUAAAUAGUUAUU